AUGGCCGAACAGGGCGUCAUUGACUUCAAGCUGUAUAGAUAUACACCCAACAGCGCCGCGGCAGGGCUAUUCGUGGCCCUCUUCCUCCUCACGACAAUAUACCAUGUCUAUCAGGUGUGGCGCGGACGAGCAUGGUACUUUAUGGCCUUUGUGAUCGGAGGAAUAUUCCAAAUCAUUGGCUAUGUCUGCCGCAUCCUCGCCCACAAUAAUAAAGAUUCGGUUCCAAUCUACAGCAUACAGACCAUCCUUAUCCUACUUGCUCCACCGCUCUAUGCCGCCUCGAUCUACAUGGUAUUGGGCCGACUCAUCGUCUUUCUACACGCCGAGAGGCUCAGUGUGGUUUCUGUGCGGUGGAUGACCAAGAUCUUCGUGAUCGGAGAUGUGAUUGGAUUCGUCGCGCAGGCUGCAGGCGGCGGUAUCAUGGCAUCUGGUACGAUAGAAAACUACAAACUUGGCGAAGACGUCACCGUCGGCGGCCUCGCAGUUCAACUAGCAUUCUUCAGCGUCUUCAUAGUAACCUGCGUGAUAUUCCACUGCCGCAUCCGGCAGAGUCCUACACACGAGGUGACCGUUCUAUCGGCACGUCUGCGUGAACAGAAGAGACGAGGGUGGGAAACUGUCCUUGUGGGACUCUAUGCUGCGAGUGUUCUGAUUCUUGUGCGGUCAAUCUUCCGGAUUAUCGAGUAUGUGCAGGGAAAUAAUGGGUUUUUGAUUAGCCAUGAGGUGUUCAUGUAUGUCUUUGACUCGGCACUGAUGUUUAUCACUAUGUUUGUUAUGAACGUGUGCCAUCCUUCUAUGAUCCUGGUUGGGUCGCAGAAGGAGAGAGAUGCGGAGCUGAGGGCGUUCGAGUCUGAUGAUCAGUCCUAG